UAUUCAUCGGACAGUAAUGGAACAAUCGACGAAUGAAUUUUCUUAAUUACAUGCACAUCGUGUAUGCGCAAUCGAGAAACGUGAAAAUAAUUCAUGAUUGAUAUGCGUACGGUCUUAAAAGAGACAUUUCUCUCACUAAAUUGAUACUUCUCUAACUGGAUACUUAUAGGGAUUUCAGUGAAAUUUUUCUUUUAACUAAUUUGUAAUCCCCCAUUCCAAAGAAUAAUUCAAGUUAAAUAUUAAAGCUCGCGCUACCUAUUCUAACCGUCAAUUAUCUCCUCGGUUUUUUUCUAAUUUACAUUACUGCUUUGAUAAUGUAAUAUCCUUAUAAAAAUUUGUUGUAGCGGUUUAAUGCGUGUCGGUAAAGCAGAUUAAUUUAUGUUAGUUAUAAGUGGCGCUGUUAGGCCUUGGAGAUAUCUUUUCGUUUCUUUUGUUUUAGUUUUAUGUGUGGCGAGCGCCUUUGUCUUUCUUAGCGGUUCAAUUAUAUUUCAGACCUCGUGCAAUUAAAGUUGAUUUAGUUGUUCUAACGAGCCUAUCUUAUUUUCUCUCUCACAUCACUUAUAGUGUUAUCAAAAAUUAAUAAAACUGAUGAAAUAAUAUAACACGCGUAAUGGAUUAAAUUAUCGCAGUGAUAUAUGCGAUGACAGCGCAUAUAUAUUGAAAUGAUUAGAAUAUGAUUUACAAAUGACUAAAAUAUAAUUUGCAUUCAUUAUCGUCCCAUUUUACACUGAUUUAACAUAAAGCGAACAAUUUUUCGCUACGUAAUGGCUCUGCAGCAAUUAUUUAUACGAGUGCUCAUAACUAAAAAAUGAUAGUAUUCGAAAACGCAAAAUGCGGACGGGUAUUAGCGCAAUAUGUAUAAUUGUGAUCUUACGGCUAUUGGCGAAUGCCGAAAGGAUUCUUAUUCUUACGGGGGCACCGUUUUUUAGUCAUCAAGUGGUUCAUCGUGCGUUCAAUUUAGCCCUACACAAGCGCGGGCACGAGUUGGUCGUGCUCACCGCGUCUCCGUUAAGGGAUCCGACGUUAAAGAAUUACACAGAAAUUGAUGUGUCGGAUGUUUUUUUGAUCGGAGUUACGAAGGAUUACAAUGACAGAAGAUGGAAAUCGUCGCAGAUGGAAUCGUGCAGACAAGCGUUUAUGACAGCGACCGAAAUCACCGCAAAAUUUUUCGACAAUCCAGAAUUCAAGAAGAUUUACAGACGCGACAACGGCGAAAAGUUCGACGCUGUUAUUGUAGAGGCGAUAAGCGACCUAUCGUUAUUCGCUGUAGCGCAUAGAUUUAAAGCUCCCCUCAUAGGAAUCAUGUCUUUGGGCAUUCAUAAUUAUCAGCGAUAUAUCUUUGGUAGUCCCAUGCUUCCGUCACACCCAUCAACUUGGGAAAUUAAUACGCUGGUCGAGGGAAACCCAUCGUUCUGGCAAAGACUGCAAAACUUUAUCGACGUAUGGAGCUACCUCUAUUACUGGACUCACAAUAAUGCGAUCACGGAGCAGAAAAGAGCUGAGGAAUAUUUCGGAAGUGAUACACCAAAUGUCGUCGAUAUAGUAAAAAAUAUGAGCAUUUUGCUGGUCAAUGAGAAUCCGGCGCUCACAUAUGCAAGACCGGAGCAGCCAAACGUGAUAUUCUUUACCGGUUUUCACAUACAGAAAACACCUCCAUUGCUACCGGAAGACUUGAGACAAUUCCUUGAUGAUGCAACGGAAGGAUUUAUUUACGUGAGCCUCGGAACUACUGUCAGUUGUGACAACUUGCCGACAGAAAUUGUAGGAAACUUCAUCCAAGUAUUUUCAAAGUUACCUUAUAAAAUAGUUUGGAAAUACGAAUGCGACGAAUUGCCAGGAAAGCUCGAUAAUGCAUUUAUUUCAAAAUGGUUCCCGCAGCAGGGUGUACUCGGUAAAAUUAAAACUCAUCACAACAUCAGGCUGUUUAUUUAUCAGGGUGGGUUACAGAGUACCGAGGAAGCUAUUCAUUAUGCGGUCCCACUUUUAGGAAUUCCCAUUAUGUUCGAACAGGCAAGUCGAAUUCAACGAUUGGCCUCAUUAGGGGCGGCGAUUUUUCUCAAAUUAAACGAAUUAAGCAAGGAACGCCUUAACACGGCCAUUCAUCAGAUUUUGAACGAUAAAAGUUAUAAAGAGCGGAUGGCAUAUCUAAGCGAGCUAUCCAAGGAUCAACCGUACGACAGUCUUGAGAAUGCCAUAUGGUGGGUAGAAUACGUAAUGCGUCACAAGGGGAUAAGUCACCUGCGAUUCAGCGAAAGCGACAAGCCGUGGUAUCAACGAUACGAUAUGGACAUCAUUGGGUUUCUCGCUGUUAUGACAUUCGUCGCGUUCCUUAUUUCUUUUUACACUAUAUUUCGAAUUUUGCGUUUUAUUUACCAUUAUUAUCAGAUCCCCUGUCAUAAUUUUCAGUAUAGUAAUGCCAAAUCAAAGAUACAAUUCUUACACAAACGCGGGCACGAAUUGGUGAUCGUCACAACGGCUCCAUUAAAGGAUCCGACAUUAAAGAAUUACACAAAAAUUGACGUAUCGUACGGUUUUUCAAUAAUCACGGAGUACAACGACGCAAAAUGGAAAAUAUCGCAGAUGGAAUCGUGCAGACAGGUGUUUACAAUAACGACCGAGUUCAUGGGGACAAUUUGGGAUAAUCUUGAAUUCAAGAAGAUUUACAGACGCAACAGCGGCGAGAAAUUCGACGCGAUUAUGAUGGAACCGAUUUGCGAUCUGUCGCUAUAUAGUAUGGCGCACAGAUUUAACGCUCCCCUCAUAGGACUCACGCCUAUGGGUUUUCAUAAUUUUCAACGAUAUAUCUUUGCUAGUCCUAUGCUUCCGUCACACCCGUCAAAUUGGGAAGUUAACACGCUAGUCGAGGGAUACCCGUCGUUCUGGCAAAAACUGCAAACUUUCAUUGACGUGUGGGGAUACCUGUAUGCCUGGUCACACCAUGUGGUCACGGCACGGAAAAGGGUUGAGAAAUACUUUGGAAGUGACACGCCGGACCCCAUGGACAUAGCAAAAAAUAUGAGCAUCGUACUGGUCAAUGAAAACCCGCUAUUCGCGUAUGUCAGACCGGAGCAGCCAAACGUGAUAUACUUUUCCGGCUUUCAGAUACAGAAAACACCCCCAACGCUGCCAAAAGUAUUUUGGAAAUACGAGUGCGACGAAUUCCCAGGAAAGCUCGACAAUAUAUUUAUCUCAAAAUGGUUUCCGCAUCAGGGCAUACUCGCUCAUCACAACAUCAGGCUGUUUAUUUAUCAAGGUGGAGUGCAUAGUACUGAGGAAGCUAUCCAUUACGCGGUCCCACUUUUAGGAAUUCCCAUUAUGUUCGAACAGGCAAGUCGAAUUCAACGAUUGGCCUCAUUAGGGGCGGCGAUUUUUCUCAAAUUAAACGAAUUAAGCAAGGAACGCCUUAACACGGCCAUUCAUCAGAUUUUGAACGAUAAAAGUUAUAAAGAGCGGAUGGCAUAUCUAAGCGAGCUAUCCAAGGAUCAACCGUACGACAGUCUUGAGAAUGCCAUAUGGUGGGUAGAAUACGUAAUGCGUCACAAGGGGAUAAGUCACCUGCGAUUCAGCGAAAGCGACAAGCCGUGGUAUCAACGAUACGAUAUGGACAUCAUUGGUAUAGUAAUGCCAAAUCAAAGAUACAAUGACAUCUGUGUAUCGCAAUCUGUGUAUCUGUGUGAUCGCAACAAUCUGAGAAGCGGUAGUUUUCUGAAACACAAAAUGCGGACUGUUAUUAGCGCACUAUACGUGAUUUUAUUCCAAUUGCCGCUGCCGGCGAGUGCCGCAAGAAUCCUUAUCCUUACGGGCGCACCUUUCUUUAGUCAUCAAGUGGUUCACCGAUCAUUCAGUUUAGCUCUUCUCAAACGUGGACACGAGCUAGUGGUCGUCACCCCGUCUCCGUUAAAGGAUCCGACAUUAAAAAAUUACACGGAAAUUGACAUGUCGCACAUUUUUUCGAGGAUCACGGAUUACAAUGAUGCGAGAUGGAAAAUCUCGCAGAUGGAAUCAUGCAGGCAGAUGUUUAUGAUAACGAACGAGAUCGUCGCAAAUUUCUUCACUGUGCCGGAAUUCAAGAAGAUUUGCAGGAAAGACAAUAACGAAAAAUUCGACGCAGUUAUCAUAGAGGCGAUGAGUGACUUGUCUCUAUAUGUUUUGGCGCAUAGAUUUAACGCUCCACUCAUAGGAAUUUUAUCCCUGGGCAUUCAUAAUUACCAUCGAUAUAUCUUUGGUAGCCCUAUUCUCCCAUCGCAUCCGUCAAAUUGGGAAGUUAACACGUUGGUCGAGGGGAAUCUGUCGUUCUGGCAAAGACUGCAAAACUUCAUCGACGUAUGGAGUUACCUGUAUUAUUGGACUCAUCAUAAUGCGGUACGGAACGGGAUCGAGGAAAACUUCGAAAGUGACACACCAAACGUCAUCGACAUAGUAAAAAAUAUGAGCAUCUUCCUGGUCAAUGAAAAUCCGCUAUUCGCGUAUGCCAGACCGGAGCAGCCAAACGUGAUAUUCUUUACCGGUUUUCACAUACAGAAAACACCUCCAUUGCUACCGGAAGACUUGAGACAAUUCCUUGAUGAUGCAACGGAAGGAUUUCUUUACGUGAGUCUCGGAACCACUGUCAGCUGUCGCAACGUGCCGAAAGAAAUUGUAGGAAACUUCAUCCAAGUAUUUUCGAAGUUACGUUAUAAAAUAGUUUGGAAAUACGAGUGCGACGAAUUGCCAGGAAAGCUCGAUAAUGCACUUAUGUCACAAUGGUUCCCACAACAGGGUAUACUCGCUCAUCCCAACAUCCGGCUGUUUAUUUAUCAGGGUGGACAGCAGAGUACCGAAGAAGCUGUCCAUUAUGCAGUCCCACUUUUAGGAAUUCCCAUUAUAUUCGAACAGGCAAGUCGAAUUCAACGAUUGGCCUCGUUAGGGGCGGCGAUUCUUCUUAAAUUAAACGAAUUAAACAAGGAACGCCUCAACACGGCCAUUCAUCAGAUUUUGAAUGAUAAAAGUUAUAAAGAGCGGAUGGUAUAUCUAAGCGAGCUGUCCAAGGAUCAACCGUACGACAGUCUCGAAAACGCUAUAUGGUGGGUGGAAUACGUAAUGCGUCACAAAGGGAUAAGUCAUUUGCGAUUCAGCGAAAGCGACAAGCCGUGGUAUCAACGAUACGAUAUGGACAUCAUUGGGUUUCUCGCUGUUGUGGCAUUCGUCAUGUCCCUUAUUUCUCUUUACACUCUAUUUCGUAUUUUACGUUUCUGUUGCGGCUAUUAUCAACUCUAUAAGAAUAUUCACUAUCCAAACAUCAAAUUUAAAAUGCAAUAAUAUAUGCGUAUGUAACCAUACCGAUCUAAUUAAACUAUUUUUAACCAAUUUACUGUUUGCAUUACUUUAAAUCGCUUGAAAUCAUAUUGUAGAAAUCUUGAAAUACAGCUGAUUGAUUAGAAUAUUUAUGGAAUCUACUGAAUGUUCAGUAAAUUGUAAUAGGACAGUUAGCACAUCAAUUUUGUAUUAUAAGUUAUGUGCGGAAUAUGCGUAUGCUAUUGAGCAACAAUCAUAGAAAUAAAUGAUAGUUUAUUAACUUACCAUAUUUGGUGUCGGUCUGAAAAAUGACAAUUCUCUCAUUAAAUUUAGAGUAAACAGGACUAAACAGGAAACUGAUAUACGCAAAAAUAAAAUUUUUCUUC